UAAAUAGGAGAAAAACCGUUCUGUACACAAACCUGAAACCCUCCCAAUUCACCUGAAAACAAACACACAAAACACUGAUCAUCUUCAACCUCAACCCAAACCUUCAAAACCCUAACACAAAACCAUGAGAGAAAUCCUCCACAUUCAAGGCGGCCAAUGCGGCAACCAGAUCGGAGCCAAGUUCUGGGAGGUCGUAUGCGCCGAACACGGCAUCGACUCCACCGGCCGUUACCACGGCGACCAUGAUCUCCAACUCGAGCGCGUCAACGUCUACUACAACGAAGCUAGUUGCGGAAGGUUCGUUCCACGCGCCAUCCUCAUGGACCUCGAGCCAGGGACCAUGGACAGCGUCCGAUCCGGUCCGUACGGUCAGAUCUUCCGGCCGGAUAACUUUGUGUUCGGGCAGUCUGGUGCCGGAAAUAAUUGGGCGAAGGGUCAUUAUACGGAAGGAGCGGAGCUUAUUGAUUCUGUUCUUGAUGUUGUUAGGAAGGAAUCUGAGAAUUGUGAUUGCCUUCAAGGGUUUCAAGUAUGCCAUUCGUUGGGCGGUGGCACGGGGUCCGGCAUGGGAACUUUGUUGAUAUCCAAGAUAAGAGAGGAGUACCCGGACCGAAUGAUGCUCACUUUCUCGGUUUUCCCAUCACCUAAGGUGUCGGACACAGUUGUCGAACCCUACAACGCGACUCUAUCAGUGCAUCAGUUGGUUGAGAAUGCAGAUGAGUGCAUGGUUCUUGACAAUGAGGCUUUGUACGACAUUUGUUUCCGGACACUCAAGCUCACCACUCCCAGCUUUGGAGAUUUGAACCACUUAAUCUCUGCCACCAUGAGUGGUGUCACUUGCUGUCUCCGAUUCCCGGGUCAACUAAACUCAGAUCUCCGCAAGCUUGCGGUCAACCUAAUUCCAUUCCCUCGGCUUCACUUCUUCAUGGUCGGGUUUGCACCAUUGACCUCUCGUGGGUCCCAGCAAUACCGUGCCCUAACCGUACCUGAGCUCACCCAACAAAUGUGGGACGCCAAGAACAUGAUGUGUGCUGCUGAUCCCCGACACGGGCGCUACCUCACCGCCUCAGCCAUGUUCCGUGGUAAAAUGAGCACAAAGGAAGUGGACGAACAAAUGAUCAAUGUGCAAAACAAGAACUCGUCUUACUUUGUCGAGUGGAUUCCUAAUAAUGUGAAGUCAACCGUCUGCGACAUUCCACCGACUGGUCUGAAAAUGGCGUCCACGUUUAUUGGAAACUCAACGUCGAUUCAGGAAAUGUUUAGGCGUGUGAGCGAGCAGUUUACGGCUAUGUUUAGAAGGAAGGCUUUCUUGCAUUGGUACACGGGUGAAGGAAUGGAUGAAAUGGAGUUCACCGAAGCCGAAAGUAACAUGAAUGAUCUGGUUUCAGAGUAUCAACAGUAUCAAGAUGCUACUGCUGAUGAUGAAGGCGAGUACGAGGAAGGUGGCGAGUACGAGGAAGAAGCAUGAAAUGAUAUGUGAUGUGAUGUGGGUAUAUGUGAAUGUCUUAGGUUAAGUUUGGUGUCUUGGUAUAUGUUUUGUGGGAUUUGGUUGGUUGUUGAUGAAGUUUAUUAGUUAGGCUUGAGUGUUGCUUUCUAAAAUGUUGAAUGUUUCGGUUGGUGUGUUAUAGGGAUCUUAUUAACUAACUAAAUGCUAAUGAAUUUGUAGUGUACUGUUUCUGCAA